CUCUCCCAUUUUCGUUAAAUUUCCAAAAGAGGAACUACGAGCUCCAAUGGCGAUGCCGUGUCUAACUACCGGUAGUUCUAUGCUAAAUUGCACCACAACCAUGGCGUUGCCCUCUGCAACCGUAUUGCCUUUAAGGCAGCCAUUUUUGGUUCCUUCCGUAGUUAAAUUUUCUUCUCGUUAUCAUAGUCUGAAGCUCAAUUUCGUCGAUUUUAGCUCUCGCACUCGAGUUUCUGCUGCAGCGGGUGAAUUUGCAGACUCCUCGAAUUGCAAUGAUUCAGUUCACACCUCUGAUAAUCAUCAGGUUGUGGACAUUUCCCCAGAGGAGCGAGAUUUUUCUGGCACACCACAUGUUCCUGUAUAUGUUAUGCUACCACUGGGGACAAUCAAUAUGGAAUGCAAGCUUGUUGAUUCUGAUGAUCUGUCGAAUCAGCUAAAAAUCUUGAAGUCGGUCGGUGUUGAUGGUGUCAUGGUUGAUACCUGGUGGGGAAUUGUGGAGGCCAACAGUCCGCAACAAUACAAUUGGAAAGGUUACAAGAAACUCUUCAAGAUAGUUCGUGGCUUGGACCUUAAGCUACAGGUUGUAAUGUCAUUUCAUGAAUGUGGAGGGAAUGUUGGUGAUGAUGUUCACAUUCCAUUGCCUAAAUGGGUAAGAGAAAUUGGUCAAGGAAACCCCGACAUCUAUUUCACAGACCGAGAUGGAAGACGCAACCCAGAAAGCCUUACUUGGGGAAUUGACAAGGAACGCGUUUUGAAAGGCCGCACUGCUAUUGAGGUCUAUUUUGAGUAUAUGAGGAGCUUUCGUGUUGAAUUUGAUGAGUUCUUCGAGGAUGGGAGCAUUACUGAGAUUGAAAUCGGGUUAGGUGCUUGUGGAGAAUUGCGUUACCCGUCUUAUCCUGCAAAACAUGGUUGGGAAUAUCCCGGUAUUGGUGAAUUCCAGUGCUAUGAUAAGUACCUAACAAAGAGUCUCCAGAAAGCGGCAGAAAUAAGGGGACACUCAUUUUGGGGUAGAGCUCCUGAUCAUGCAGGUUCUUAUAAUUCCCAGCCUCAGGAUACCAAGUUUUUUUGUGAUGGAGGUGAUUACGAUGGCGCCUAUGGCAGAUUUUUCCUUAAUUGGUACUCCCAGAGUCUCAUCGAUCAUGGCGACAGGGUACUAGCCUUGGCCAAUUUGGCCUUCGAAGGUACUCCCAUAUCUGUAAAGCUAUCAGGUAUUCAUUGGUGGUACAAAACUGCCAGCCAUGCUGCUGAACUCACUGCUGGGUUUUACAAUCGGACCAACCGUGACGGCUAUGCCCCAAUUGCUUCGAUGUUAAAGAAGCACGGCACAGCUUUAAACUUCACAUGUGUUGAGUUGCGUACUUUGGACCAACAAGAGGGCUUUCCGGAGGCAAUGGCAGACCCUGAGGGGUUAGUUUGGCAGGUACUAAAUGCUGCAUGGGAUGCUGAUAUACCAGUUGCAAGUGAAAAUGCUCUGCCUUGCUAUGAUAGACAAGGGUAUAACAAGAUAUUGGAACAUGCCAAACCAAGGGAUGAUCCUGAUGGUAGGCAUUUAUCUGCUUUUACCUACCUCAGGCUUAAUCAAGCUCUCCUUCAUGAACACAACUUAAGGGAAUUCCAACUAUUUGUCAAGAGAAUGCAUGGCGAAGCUGUGGAGGGCCUUUAGCACCGAAUCUGAAUCAACUACUAAUCCGUUUUUCUCGGUCUUGUAUCAUAAGUCGACAAAAAUUCAAGGCACGGUACCAAUAUGAGUUUUAGGUUACACGGAAGAAAGAUAAACAUAUGGGAUUCCAAGAGAUCCUAAAUGAUUUUUCUCCCCAACGCUGCUCCUCUUCCCCGCAUUUAGGCAUCAUUUGAGGCUUCAUGUUGACAAUAUUACUUCAAUAAUUGCAUGAUCAUCAACUUCUUGUCUGAUAGCAUUUAUUUUUUUGUCUAUAUUUUGUA